CUGGACCUCCUCUUAUAGAGUAACUUUGACAGUUUGGUUCAGUUCGGCUGCGGGUCCGGUGCGCGAGUCCAACUCCUCCAGACGGGACUGAGACACGGCGGACACGGUCUGUCCGAACCUCCAGCUAACACUCCCCAACGAUGGGUGAUUGGAGUGCUCUGGGUCGCCUGCUGGACAAGGUCCAGGCCUAUUCUACUGCGGGUGGGAAGGUCUGGCUGUCCGUGCUCUUCAUCUUUAGGAUCCUGGUUCUGGGUACCGCUGUGGAGUCGGCCUGGGGCGACGAGCAGUCGGCUUUUAAGUGCAACACCCAGCAGCCUGGUUGCGAAAACGUCUGCUAUGACAAAUCCUUCCCCAUCUCCCACGUCCGCUUCUGGGUCCUGCAGAUCAUCUUUGUGUCGACGCCCACUCUACUCUACCUGGCCCACGUCUUCUACCUGCACAGGAAGGAGCACAAACUCAACAGAAAGGAGGAGGAGCUUAAAGCCGUGCAGAACGAUGGGGGUGACGUCGACGUACCGCUUAGGCAAAUUGAGCUAAAGAAGUUGAAGUACGGCAUUGAGGAGCAUGGAAAAGUGAAGAUGAAGGGAGGCCUCCUCAGAACGUACAUCGUGAGCAUCUUCUUCAAGUCUCUGUUUGAGGUGGGCUUCCUGUUGAUCCAGUGGUACAUCUACGGCUUCAGUCUGAACGCUGUCUACACCUGCGAGAGGGACCCGUGUCCUCACAGGGUGGACUGUUUCCUGUCCCGGCCCACGGAGAAAACGGUCUUCAUCAUCUUCAUGCUGGUGGUCUCUCUGGUCUCUCUGCUGCUCAACGUCAUCGAGCUUUUCUACGUCUUGUUCAAGAGGAUCAAAGACCGCGUGAAGAGACAGCAGCAGCAGCAGCCCGGGCUUUUCCCCGGGGGAGGGGGAACUUUGAGCCCCACCCCCAAAGAGCUGUCCACCACGAAAUAUGCCUACUACAACGGCUGCUCGUCCCCAACCGCCCCCAUCUCACCUAUGUCCCCCCCAGGCUACAAGCUCGCCACAGGGGAACGAGGAACCGGCUCCUGCCGGAAUUACAAUAAGCAAGCCAAUGAGCAGAACUGGGCCAACUACUCUACGGAGCAGAACCGGCUGGGCCAAACUGGUGCGGGAAGUACCAUUUCAAACUCCCACGCACAAGCCUUUGACUUUCCUGAUGACACCCAUGAGCACAAGAAACUGUCCUCGUCAGCGGGACACGAACUGCAGCCCAUGGCGCUGAUGGACCCCAGGCCGUGCAGCCGGGCCAGCAGCAGGAUGAGCAGCAGAGCCCGGCCCGACGACUUGGAUGUCUAAGGGGCCCGGGCGACCUUCCCGCUCUGCCUGGCCGACAGGGUGUGAGGCUGCAGGCGGACAAUCAGGCAACACUUGAUCAGAAAGGUUCAUGAAGAAGGUGGGACUAACCUCAAUCACUGUCCUCACGAUAGAGACUGUGUGUCAGUCAGAGACAUUAAAGCUUCAGUGUAACACUUUCAAAAGGUACAACUCGCAACUAUUUUGUCUUUACUGUAACUUUGUAGUUCCAUUAGUCCAGCUUUAGAAAACACAGCAGCCAUAGGGCCGGUUCAGAACACGGAAACCCGGUUCAUUCUUUACCCACAAGUUUUCAAAAUUUUUAGACUGCCGCCGUGGAGCUACAGCCGGCGAGGGGCAACAGGGAAGGAACAACGAAUAAGGUGGAGGGCAUAGAAGAGGCAGGACCACCUGCUCAGAUUUAAGGAACCUGAGCAGAACUGCCUCCUAUUGACACACGUGUCUCUUUGGUAUUUGUAGCCUGCACUAUUUAGUGAAAACACUGUACUUGGUGGGCGGUGCAUCAGACAGCUUUUGUUAACCAGAGAUAAACAUUGAGAAGUCUUGUAGAGCAGGACCCCCGUCACAGAAGAACCACAUGGAGUUGGUCUUCAGAACCUCUGAGAUCUUCAAAACCUGACAGGAUCACCAAUCUGGUUUUGGUUUGUCAGGGUUUUUUUCAUAUUCUUGCCCCCUUGAUGACUUUGCUACCUUCCUAACCUUUAACUCCAAACUAACCUGCCGACUAACGGGGGUUUAUCUAGUCCUUAGUAGAGCUCAUAGUGUUUGUUUGAGAAUGAGCCAAAAAUAAACCCUGAUCAACCAGAACCUGUGGAGAUAUUCCUGGGUCUUACAUCUAGACUCUGGUUCUAUCAUUGGUGCUCCAAAGAGCCAUUGAUGUGAAGAUGCUAUAGAUCUAAGGGGAAGUCAUCAAUUAGUCCUCUCUAGGGCCUGGUCAUUCUUGAAACGUUCUCAGCAGCGGUUUCCCUAACCAACCGUGGCCUUCAGGGACGCACAAACCUUUGGUUACAGUAAAAAACUACAGUUUUAUUGACUAGGUGCCAAAUACAGUUGUGAUAGAUGACCAAAACAAGAGCUGUAGUCCUUAAGAGUCCAUGCAAUAGUCUUCAUCAGUUCCUCUAGAUUCUUAAGCUCUGGUCGGCCCACUCCCCCUGAAUCUCAACUGAGGAGGAUUUUGUCCAAGAAAACUGGAGUUGUCGUUUGGUGCAUUUUAUGUUAAGCUCUUUGUUGAGCACUUGUCUCAAACAGGUCUUCAUCUCAUGUGGAGGAUCAAGGUUACGGCCUUGAAUGUGCCAUAAAAAUGAAAAAAAAAAAAAACAAUUGUAUCCCCAAACCCCCUUUUAUAUUAAUUGAAAGCAAACCAAACCGUUUGCCUUACAAUCGCAGCCGACUGUAGAUUCCUGAGAAACUUUGAAUCUGUGUGGUGUUGUGAUUUUUGUUUUGUGGCUUCCACGAGUCACCACCAACUAGUGCUCGGAUUGAGCUCGGAUUGAGCUCGUCUCUCGAGGCGAACGGGAACUCGGAAUGUUGAGUUUUGUAGGGACUGUUUAACCGCUGCUGCCUGACACAUAGAGACAUAGUACUGUAACUGUAGCUAGCUGUCCAGAUGAAAUGUGAGAUUGUAGACUAAUUUUUAGUGGUGUGUGUUAACGUCUGCCCUCGUAGCUCCACAGCUGUCCCUCCCCUCCCGUCCUCCUCCUGACCUGUUCAUCAUGUUGUCGGUACUCUCAUGUUUUGGAUGUUUGCACUGAGAUCUUGGUGUUAGAAGACGUUUUCUGAAGCACGAGUUUUCUUACAGACAUGUUACUAAUUUAUUGUACAACACACAAGUCGGCCACACGUGAUGUCAGUCACCUUGUUUCACAGGGAGCUGUGGCGCACACCAGUGACAGAACCGGACCAGCGGUCUGUCACGCGGUGCUGACCCACGAGGAUCCACUGUUGUACAGUGAAAGUGCCUGAUAAUAAAAGACAGAGUCGCUCUUUGUAUCUGUGAAAUGCUUCUCUAACCAAUAAAAUUUUCUUUCUUAAAUCC